AUGGUACACACAUGGCAGCUAUGGCUCUCCCCACGACCCGCGAGACGAACCGAAACUCCAUCGGAGCCACGUAUGCUCUCUCAAAAUGGCGCAGCGCUGUUUGAGUUUCAGUACGAGCGUGAUGGUCGUCUUGUGGUACGGGAGACGCAUUAUGCGGAGAACAAGCUUGUUCAGAAUGGUCGCUCAGGUCCGCCACUACAUAUUCACUGUGGCCAGACAGAGUACUUUCAAGUUGAGAGCGGAACCUUGGCUGUCACCGGGAAUGGAACGAAAAGUAUUCUCACCAAAGGUGGUGGCGUCAUAAAGAUCCCACCCGGAACCCGGUUCUGGGCCGAAGGCCCCGUAAAAGAGGAUUUAGUGUUUCGAGUCUGGGCAGAGCCACAGAACUUGGACAGAGGUUUUGAUGAGGCCUUCCUGCGUAACUACCUAGGCUACCUGCGAGAUUGCGCAGAUCAAAACAUACAACCUUCGGUCUUUCAGCUCGCCCUGCUUGGCUGGAGCGGCGACACCCUCCUGACGCCACCAUGGUGGGUGCCUCUGUGGAUGCUGAGGCUGCUUCACUUUAUAGUUGCUCACGUGGUGGGGAGGCUAUUCUUGGGAUAUCAAGGAACCUAUGAGGAGUACAGUCCGAAGAUCACUAGAGAUGUCAGGAUUGUGAAGAAAAGGUUGUGA